AUGAAGAAUCCCGACCACAGAUGCAUGGUCUGGGAUACCUACAAAUCAUGCGGACACUGUGUCUCCAUGAAGGAGGGUUGCUCUCUGAACCCGGAAUCAAAGAAGAAAAAACGGUCAUCGGCAGCGCAGGAAAAGGCCGAAACUGAGAGCAACACAGUUUUGGACGACAAGAAGAAGCCUCCUGCGAAAUGUCGGAAGACCAGGCGUAAGGCGUCACCACGGACUGAGGCGCGGGCUUCUGAGCCCGAUAACGAGCCUUUGGAGGCCACAAAGGUAACGCCUCCCGAGGAACGCUCCGGGCCUGCUCCCAAGGCCAACUCCCAGGGGCUUCAACUGGGUAUGGUAUUUGAUGCGUUCACGGAGCCGUUGUCCAGCAUAGAUGCCGCAGGAGAACUCGCCUCGAUGCCUGCCAGCACUACAGGUACUGAGGGAGAGACACGUCUACGGAUCCUGGCCGCGGCAGCUUGUGCCUUCUUGCCUUUGGAGGCCACCGAGGGAACGCGUUCCGAGGAACGCUCCGGGCCUGCUCCCAAGGCGAACCCCGAGGGACCUCAGGGAGGUGUGGUAUUUGAUGCGUUCACGGAGCCGUUGUCCAGCAGGGAAAUCGCGGGAGAGCCCGCCCAGAUGCCUGCCAACCUUGCAGGUACUGAGGGAGAUACAGCUUUUCAGGCCCUGGCCACGACAGCUGGUGCCUUCUUGGAGUCCAUGGACUCUGCUGCUCCCGCCAGGCACCCAUCGGGGUGGACGCCUAUAAACAUGCCCAGAAGGGCGCCCGUCAACUCGCCUGCUAAUACGGCGGCCAACGACUUCAUCGACAGAAGCAUGAGCAUCAGCUCCCUGCUUAAUUAG